AAGGUUGGACUUUUAACUGCAGACUACAAAACCCCCAAAUGUUAUGUUUUUAAAUUGUGCUACCCCAUUCAAUAUAUAUGCUUCAUACCAUGUCUGUUUUUACUGUUGCUUAAAGUAUAUUAUCUCAUUGUCUCAACUGGAGAUGUAGAUGAAUAUACAGUUGACUUUUCUAAGUUGCUGUAGAUACACACACAAAGGUUUCUAUGGAGCUUGGAUAUGUUUGGUACAAUGUGCUGGCUCUCUCUAUCCUUGUCUCUCUUUCUCUCUCCUCUCAUUGGCAGGCGUUUUGUAUAACACAAAAGACGUAACUUUUCAGCUGUUGCCACAGUUCAGAGCUGAGGCUGCACCAUGGCAUAUGUCUGUACUACUUCAGCCUCAGCCCCCCUUCAGGAAAGUACUUAAGAACAUGCUUACCUUGGAAAGAAUUUCAAGGCCUCCUGUAAAUUCUACUAUUGGUCAAGGAGCAUCUCUCCCUUCCCUUCCCUGACCCCUUCCAUCCCCCAGAGCCCCAUAAAUAACCCUUCUUUUCCCCUGUCCCUGUCUCAUGAAGCUUCUCACCAUGGAAGCCUCAUUCAAUUUGUCUCACUGAACUUGGGCUUCGCUGCUGCAGCAUGUUGUAGUACAAGUGCAGGGCGGGCGGUUACACAACACGAGAGUGUGAACCUGGAUGAAACCUUCGGAGGACACUUGCUAACCACACUGCACACAGAAGGCCUGUGGAAAUCUGCAGCUCCUGGAGCCGCAGCGGGGCCCAGCCGUACCUCAUCAUCUGGGCUGUUGAAGUUUGUUUAGGAAAAAUGACCCAGAGACUCUUAGGAAAACUUGAUGCUCUGGAACAAUAUUCACGCAAAAGACUGGCCAGACAUGGAAAAAUUGAAAGCCCGGGUCUUGGGAAAUUGCAGUUGAAACCAUUUGUGACAACUCCAUUGACAUUUGAAUUUAAGGAGGAUUAUGAGAUACCAAGUGCUAGAACAACAAAUAUUUCCAGGUCUAAACCUGCUCAGCAAUUUUCAGAAGAUGAACAGUUCUUCAGACAUCAGCAGAUAAGGCUUAAAUCCGUGGUGCCAAGACUGGCAGCUAGAAAGAGUCACUCUGGAAAACUAACUGCAAGGCCAUUUAGUGCUCCAGAUGUCUUGCAAGCUAAAGCAUGUAAUCAGAAAGACAAUCUCCACAUGUUAAAAGAAGGUUUUAUUUCAUUAAAACUAAACCAAAAAGAAAAACCUGUUAAUCUUAGAACAAAAGUUCACAGAAGACCAAAAUGGAAGACAGAGGUUGAAAAUGUUCUGAAGCUGGAUGCCCUCUGUCAGCAAGACAGCCAAGCCCAUUUACCAUCUACUCUUGACCAUAUGGACAUUUCUCAUUGGUGCCCUCCUAAAAAUGCCAGUAACCAGAAUGAAGAAUCAUUUCUAACAGCAUUAAAGGGGGACAAGAUAGCGCAAUACAGUAUUUAUGGGGAAGCUGGCAAAUUCAUUGCUCAACAGCUAGAGAGAGACAACACAAUCAGAGUCUGUGUAAAUGGUUUGAAAGAAAGAAACGAAGCUUCUCUGAAAGAAAGUGUUCUUGAUCUUGAAGAAACAAAAAGUACGAAUAAUUUUCAUGUAACUAAAUCUGCUUCAGAAGAAAAGAAAAAUCUCAUCUCCUUGAGUAUUGAAGAUGAAAUGGAAAAAACAAAUGCUAAAAUAAUCAGCGUGGGCGCUCCAAAACCAAAAUCUCCCAGGCCAGUGGUGAAAGUGAGUGAAACAUACCCCAUCAUUUAUGCUGAAGAAGGAUAUAUGCAAAACUUUAUUUUGAAGAGGUGGCUGCGUUUACAUGGAAAUAAAGUGUCUUGUGACUUAGAAAAUGAAAAUGAUGAGGUACAAACAAAUCCAAAUUCAGUUUUACAAAACAACUUUGAUUAUGCCCUGGCCUUAUCUGGAAAGGAAGAAAAGAGUACUUUUAAUGUAACUGCUAAGGGGAAUAAAAAGCUAAAAAGAACAUUAUCUGGGAAACAAAAAAUCAAUAUUCAUAUUUUAUCUCCAGAUGGAAAAAGUAAAAGCAUAAAAAAUUCACAGAAGGAAAAAAUUCUUGUUCAGAAAAUAGCUGGUAGCUUUCAUGAUGCUGAAGUACCAAUCAGUAAGCUCAUAUCAAAAGACAGGAAUGUUUCAGCAACAAAGGCUGAAUGUAAUCCUGAUGGCCUUGUUAUAUUUGGAGUAAACCCAAAAGCUGCAGCACACCAAUCCACUAAAAUAAAUGCAGCAACUGUUGCUAAAUUUCAUGGUUCUUACAGAAAACCACUGUUCACAGUCUCCCAGCUUCAAAAAAAAGGCAGGCUGGCUGAUUCAUCACAGUUGGAUUAUAUAUCCAUAACAAAACCUAUUAAAAUACAUGACUGCCCAAAUGUCAAUUCACAAUCAUUUCACAAAAUCUCAUAUGAUCAUUGGGAAAACAAAAGCAUUAUUCAACCUGCAGUUUGUUUUAAGAAAAACCCUCUGCCUAGUGACAAUAAUGAAGAAAUCGCUGAAGUAACCAAAUCUGCCAGGUGUUCUCAGCCAGCUUUCAGCAAGGAAGAAAAAUCAACUGCGAUAAAGCUAAAUAAUGAGUAUUGCACAGACAAUAGGAAAAGCCAAGAAUGGGUUAAUACUGUGGAAUUCUGGAGCACUAGCAGAUCUUCAGCAUUACUGAAAGAUUCAUAUGCAAUGCCAGGCAGCAGUCCUGAGAUCAAAAAAGCAAUGCUACCUGAAUGCCUGGCAUCAUUACCUGUUAACUUCAAUCAUCCAAUUAUUAGUAUACCAACCGCAUAAUGUCAUGCCUCAGAAUUCAAGAUAAAAAAAGUUCAAGCUGAAUUUACAGAUGAUACUGAUACUCCAAAGGACACUAGUCACUCCAAUUAACUGAUGGUAUAUCUAUUGAUUGACUGUCAUAGAUACAUGGGAUCGAUCCAUUUCUGAAAUAAAUGCAUCUGCCAAUCAAGAUGUUAUGAUAAUUUUUGUCAGAACAGCUAUUAUUUUUUACAUGAACGUAUGUAAACCAUGAGAUAUUUGCCACUGUAAUUAAUUAUGACAUAGCAGUUAUAAAGGGAUGUGUGUCUCUUAAAAUUAAUUGAUAGGCCUUUAUAAACCUUUAUUCAAUGGUUUUAUUAGACCCGCAUACAAAACAUUAAACUCUUGUUUCAAGCACAGAAAUUAUUUAUUUUCCUGAAUACAUUUGCUUUUGAACAUUUUAAUACAUUAAGAUAGUUCUUUAUUUUUAAAUACAAAGAGAAAUUAUAUUUAGAGUGUUAUCUACCUUUCUUUCUUAAUAUACCACGUAGAUUUUAAAGUCUUACAACUUCUAGUACUAUGAAUCAUAUUGCUUAUGAUCUAUGUUGUACACAUCAAGAUUCUAGCCAAGUUCUCCCUUGCAAUUUUAAUAAAAGUGUAUUUAGUGGAAUGUGGCUUUUAAUAUUUAGCAAUAUUGGAUUAGGCUGAAAUUCUCCAUAAAGUACAUUUUUGACAAUACACAUAAACUAAUGACUACGUGCAUAACCUAUUUUCAGCUAAUAUUAAAUCACGGGCACUU